AUGGAAUACAUAUUUAAAAAGGAGCGUCGCACAUUUGGGACACGUGUUCAUUUCGAGGAUAAGGAUGAGGUGAUAUUCAGCGAAAACUCCAAUCCAGAGUUGGUCAAGAGCUACAUUCUAAAGAAUCCCGUGGACCGCGUUACACAAUAUGCUGGCCAGACAUCGCUUAGUGUGGCAAAUACCGAACGUGCCACAUACAAGAGCACAGGCAUUACGCACAAUGAGGGCGGCUGGCCAAAGGACAUCAAUAUGCAUGAUCCAGAGCAGACGGUGCGCUACAAGCGUAAAAUCGAAAAGGAUGAGAAUUACAUAACGCAAGUGAUGAAUUUAACAAAGCCCAUGGAACACUACAUACAUCAGAACAAUGCUGUCAACAUCUAUGAGAAUUACUUUGAGAAUAUGGAUCCAGCACCAUUGCCCGAACCAUGCAAAUCGCGCACUGUCAACGUCUACCGAGAUCCCAAUCCUGUCAAGGUUCCGGUGAAGCAUCUAUCCUGGUCACCGGAUGGUGGCAUCAAAAUGGCAGUUAGCCAUUGUGACAUGAAGUUCCAAGGCGAUAAGACGGGACAGCGUUGCAAUUCGUACAUAUGGGAAGUGGAGAAUCCCAACGAGCCGUUUCUAACACUUGAGCCAAAGGUGCCGUGCGUUUGUCUCGAAUACAAUCAAAAGGAUCCAACGAGUCUGGUCAGUGGCAUGUACAAUGGUCAGGUGGCUGCCUGGGAUACGCGCCAUGGCAAGCAUCCGGUGAUGAUCAGUGAACGUGAGGUCUGUCAUCGAGAUCCCGUCAAUUCGGUGCUGUGGAACAACUCGAAAAGCGGCACCGAGUUUUUCUCAGGUGGCUCCGAUGGUCAAGUGCUUUGGUGGGAUACACGCAAGCUGAGUGAACCAUUGGAUCGAUUGCUCAUGGAUCCCGUGAAGAGUGAUGAGCAGGAUCUUUCGCGUUCCUAUGGCAUCUCGGUGUUAGAAUACGAAACAACUAUUCCUACAAGAUUCAUGGCGGGUACAGAGAUGGGAAUGCUCUUCUCCUGCAAUCGCAAGGGCAAAACGCCAACCGAGAAGAUACAAAUACGCAUGAUGUGCCAUUUGGGACCCGUUUAUGCCAUCACACGCAAUCCGGCAUUUGUGAAGAACUUUCUCACUGUUGGCGAUUGGUGUGCUCGCAUUUGGUCUGAGGAUUGCCGAGAGAGUUCGAUUAUCUGGACUAAGAGUAGUUCCUCCAUGCUGACAGAUGGUGCCUGGAGCUAUACCAAGGUAUCGCAGUUCUUCAUCACCCGCAUGGACGGAGUGCUAGACACUUGGGAUCUGCUACAGCAGCAGAAUGAGCCGGUACUGACAGUGAAAGUCUGCGAUGAACCGCUCUAUUGUGUGAGGACCAACGAGAACGGUAAGUUCGUUAGCUGUGGCAGCAAACUGGGCGCCACAUUCCUGAUUGAAGUGUCCGACAACAUGGUCAUGUCAUCCAAGAAUGAUAAGCCGCUACUCACGGCGAUGUUUGAGCGUGAAAACCGACGUGAGAAGAUCUUGGAAGCCAAGUCCAGGGAAAGCAAGCUGAAAAUUAAGGCAAAUCAUGGACAGGAACAAGCCGACAUGACCAUGCUGAAUGGAAAAGUCAACAUGGCGCCUUUUGCCAGUGCCUGUGAACAAGCAGCCACGGAAUACUUUGCCGCUGUGGAACAGGAACGUUUGAGACGUCUGCCCGGAGGCAAGCGUAGAGGAUGUGGAGGAGGUUGAUGUGUCAGAGGCAGAAAGCUCAAAAUUGUAGAUGAUCAAUUGCUGUGCACUUUUUAAUUGUAAAGUUCCUUGUAGUGAAAUUAAACAAAACUUAAACG